ACUCUGCAGUCAGGGUUUUCGUUUUAUUAGAUUAAAGUUUAGAAAAAUUCAAUUUGAUUUAGAGUGAACGGAUCAACCAUAGUUUUAGUCCAAUUUGAUUAGACGUGUUAACUACAUUAGUGUGACUUUUAGUGAAAUAAAUUUUUCUAAUUUGAAUUUCUAGUUCAAUUUUUGGCUUAUUUUUCCCAUUUAAAUUGAAGCAUUUUCACCGAGAUUUUCACUUCGAAAUGGAAUGUCUCCGAACCUAAUACGUUGAACAAUGCAAGCAAAAUUAAUCGAAUUAUGGCUAAGCGCAUACCAUUCAAUGUAAUUUUCGUGUCUGAUGAAGAUCUGGACUUUCCGUCAAACGAAUUAAAUUCACAUGGACCAACCGUACAAGGAUGGAGAAAUCAUCCCGAAAGUGUGAUACCGAAUCAAGAAAUUAUUCUACGUCUGCAUAAUCCUGCGCAAAUAUGUCGAAUUCAGGUUUUAGCUCAUCAGUUUUUGAUCCCGGAAAGAAUUGAAAUUUGGAUUCACUUUUCACCGAAAGGAGCUCCCACCACUCCAUCCAGCCAAACAUUCGAGUAUCUUGGCUACAUUUCGCUGUCCGAUAAUUCUGCGACGAAAUUUAAGUCGCGUGAGCUACAAAGUGUAUCGGUUGGACCGCAGAAAGGCACGCAUGUGAAACUAAGAUUGGGCCAGAACCAUCCGAAUCACUUGAACACGAACAAUCAGGUGGCACUGAUCGCAGUAAAUGUUAUCGGAUUCGACAUCGGUUCCGAGGAUUUAAUAAAAUUGACGGAGAGUGGAACUGAUAUACCGCUUCAGUCCAUUUGUGACGAUCUAUCUUUUUCGAUGUACGUGGAGGAAUCGAUAACUGACACAGUUCGCGCAAUCGAGAUGCUGAAGAAGAAGGCCGUAAAUGACGAAAGGUUCGAGUAUGCGAGAAAACUGAAGCUUUGUAUGAGCGCGUUACGAAGUGCUGGCGAACGAAUGGGACGAUAUGCUCUAGCUAAACGACAGGCAGUUGUGCAGGAAGACUUUAUUGCAGCAAAGUUACGCAAAGAGCAAAUUGAAAUGUAUAAAAAUGCGGUGUUUGCACACCUUCGAGUGGAGGUCCUAAUGGAACGAGAUAAGACAAAUCAAGAAAAUGACUCGUUCUCCGAGAUCUACGCUCAAAAGCCGACCCUUCCACAACCACCAAGCCUGCAGGAUGUUGCAGCCACAUUAGCAGAUUUGUCCAGUACAAUGAGUCCGAAACUUGGCCAUCGUGAUACUGGGUCAACAGACGGAUCAUCGAUAUCUGAAUCCUAUUCAGCAUCGCUGAGCAAAGCAUCAGUGACUCAGGUCGAUGCGCCGAAUUCACCGCAACUAAAUCAAAUCGGUCGCAGUCCAUACAGGGAUUCGUCAGCUAGUAAUUCAAGAACUGGAUCGUUGCGUAGAAGAAAUAAGAGUGCACCAAGAAGUAGCUACGAAGACUACGAAGAAAGAGCAGUGCCCGCCCUGCGACAUUCACAUACUAAUGAAUUUUUAAGGGAAUGUCAGGGUGCUGCAUUACUGGAAAGCGAUCCAUGUCGAGGUAGGUCUCGUUUGAACGAACGAGAACGUCGACAGGCAGCGUUACCCAUUCUAACAUUUGGAAAUGAUAUGGUGGAAAUGUUUUAUUCCCGGCAAUAUCAAGACCGCGAGGAUGGACUCAUUCAUCUCACCGCAAUACUGAAAGGUGAAAGUUCGUUGGAUUUUGCUGUUGGUCUGAACAAAAUUGCCAGAAGCGCAACACUACUCCUACACAGAGCCGUCAGAGACGCCGUUUUUUCUGUUUUCAACUAUGCCACCGAAACGGUACGAGCCCUUUUCGUUGAAUUCGUGCCCGGGAGAGUGUCUGCUAGUGAAGUGGCUCGAUGUGUUGAUCGAUUGUUGCCAGAACUAUUGGCCAAAAGUGGCGAUCCGUCUCCGAGAAUUCAUACAUUAGCCCAACAUACGAUCCUUACCAUUGCCGCUUGUCCUGAAGUUCGCGAACAACACUUAAUAGCACCAGCGUUAUCACGAUCGGUUGGAACAGGAACUCAUCCGCGGCUAGCAUUGAGUCGCAUGCAGAUGCUCGAACAACUGGCACUCAGUCAAGGAAUCAAUGCAGACAAACAGAGUGGUUUGACGUGUCGUGCCCUGUCGGAUUGUGGUUGUUCCGGCAUACAUCACCCAUCCGAGCCAGUUCGCAAGGUGGCUGAAAGAGUUUUGCUUCUUGUUUACAAGAUAAAUCCACGACUGGUCAGGAAGCAGUUACCACCGGACGAUGAUGUUACACGCAGGAAUUUGCUGUAUCGGCAACUUUUCACUGAAUUCGAUAAGUUAGACAUGCAACGACGCAAAGAAAUGCUAGCCGGCUCGCGAACGGGUGACGCGGGAGCAGAAUCACCGACUAAUUGUGCCAAAACUGAAUCUCCUCAGUUUAGUUUAGAACGGAAAUCAAAAACUGUGAAGCAUGACAGCUGCGAAAACAGUGCAACGGCUAGUCCUAAAAAGUCGAUUUUACUGAACAAAAAUGGAGCAACGCAUUCGGAUACCGGGAACAGGAACAGAGUAACGCACCAAGUGCCUAAUCGUCAAAACGGUAAGGAGGAAUACAACGUGAAAGUGAAACAGACUAUGGCGCUGAGCGCAUUCAAUUCCAAUUCGUUCGACGAUGAAAAGCCACAGUAUUGUCCGUUUUGCGAUUGGGAGUACAACGGGGCUCAGGAUGAGUUGGACAAACACUUCUGGAAGGCAUGUCCAAUCUUAACGAAAUGUCCACAAUGUCGACAAGUGCUAGAGGUUGCUGCUCUCAAUGCACAUUUAACAGGUGAAUGUGACGCCAAAAUAAGUUACAUAACGUGUAAACGUUGCACCGAAGCGGUGCACAAGGAUCUGUAUGAAAUCCAUUCCAUGGAAGAUCAUUGUCAGGAAUUAAAGCCAAACAUCGCACGAUGUCCGUUAUGUCAUGACGAAGUGGAGGCACCGUUAGAUGGAGGCUGGAAAUUGCACUUGUUGAGUACAGACGGUUGCCGUGGUAAUGCUAGACGACGAGCAAAAAUUUAGUAGUCAAAAUUUAGGAUCAAAUUGAAAAUCAUUUUAUUCUGAGCUUAUAUCCAUCCUUGAGAGAAAGAAUCGCAAAUUAACGUCCUACUAAAGUUUAAAAUAAACAAAAAAAAAAAAAAAUAUUUUUUAACGCAAAGAAAUUAUUCAAAGGAAAAUUGAUAUCGGGAAAACGCAAUGACAUCCAAUUAAGAAUCAAUUUGAAAUAUUUAAAUUUAACCAAAAUAACAUUUUAGAACAAAUUAAUCGGAAUCAAUCACAAUUUGCAUGAACAACAACAAAAAAACAUUUUUGAGAUAAAAUUUUAGGGCAAAGCAAAAAUAAAAUUUAAUUUUUUUAUUUGACGAUAAAUUUGACCAUUCUCAUUCAAGAACUGAAUAUAUUUAUUGUUAUCGCAGUGAGUUAACAAAUUUUUUUUCAGAUUUUAUUUUAAUGUCUUUACACAUUGUUUACAAUUAAAA